CAUUGAUCUAAAAUAAAUUUCCUUCCAGUGUAAAAUGUGAAUUUAAUGAAACCUGAUAGUUUAAUGACACAUCUCACACCGUCUGCUUAGAGAAGAGGCCCUUCCCCCAGCUAGGACUGUGGGGUUCAAACUCCCCACUAGAGCCAAACGCUCUGGGAUUCUUUUCAAAUGAGUGGGGGGUGGGGAAGAGAUGGGUAGAAGUCUCAAGGCUGUCAAAUUUCAAAGAUUAAAACGGAGCCUGAGGGCUUCGCUCGUGGCGCAGUGGUUGAGAGUCCACCUGCCGGUGCACAGGACACGGUUUCGUGCCCCGGUCCGGGAGUAUCCCACAUGCCGCGGAGCGGCUGGGCCCGUGAGCCAUGGCCGAGCCUGCGCGUCCGGAGCCUGUGCUCCGCAACGGGAGAGGCCAUAACAGUGAGAGGCCCGCGUACCGCAAAAAAAAACAAAAAAAAAACAAACGGAGCCUGACUCUUUAUUACAGAUAGUGAUGUCACACUGAAGUGGAUACGUUUCUAAACAAAGGUCACAGUUCCAGUUACACCAAGCCUUCUUGUUGCAGUUUGUCCUGCUCUGGGCGCCCUCUUGUCUAUACUUGCUUCAUCUUCAAACUGAAUGAGGAAUUCCCUGUGCACACCUGUGACCUCGCGUUCCGACCAAGCUGCGGGAAGACUACAGAGUCAGCCUUAGGACAGGAAUAAGCUCUGUUUAAAUUCAAAUAUUCCCGCGGGGACAGGUCACCCACCAACGGCUGAAGCCUGUUCGCCUGAGCCAAGCGUCCUCCCGCCCCGCUGUCACUCAGGCACGAGGGGGCGAGGCCUUGGGAACUGCCCAAUCAGGGAGGUCGCUGGGGCCUGUGGGUGGGGUGACGCCCCUCAACGGAAGGGCUGUAGCUAAUCGCUCUGGCUUUGCUCCGGAUGCUUAUCUUCCUCUAGUGGUCUUCUUCCUCUGCAGCAGGCUGUGUUGUGCUGUGAUCUAUACGGGUCGUGGGAGUCGUAGGAAGGAUUCGGGGAGACCCAGGAAACCUAGAAAUGGACUCGGUAGCCAUUGAAGAUGUGGCUGUGAAUUUCACCCUGGAGGAGUGGGCUUUACUGAAUCCUUCACAGAAGAAACUCUACAGAGAUGUGAUGCGGGAAACCUUCAGAAACCUGGCCUCAGUAGGGGAAAAAUGGGAGGAUCAUGACAUUGAAGAUCAGUACAAAAACCAGGGGAGAAAACUAAGAAGUCAUGUUGUAGAGAGACUCUGUGAAAGUAAAGAGGGUAGUCAAUGUGCAGGAAACUUCAGCCUUAUUCCAAAACUCAGUCUGAAGAAGAAAACUACUGGAGUGAAACUACAUGAAUGCAGUGCAUGUGGAAAAGUCUUUAUGCAUCAUUCAUCCCUUAAUAGGCAUAUCAACCGUCAUAGUGGGCACAAACUGUAUGAGUAUCAGAAAUAUGAAGAGAAGCCAUAUAAAUGUAAGGAAUGUGGUAAAGCCUUCAGUUAUCUUCAGUGUUUUGAAAAACAUGAAAGAAAACACAGUGGACAGGAGAACUAUAAAUGUAAGGAAUGUGGGAAAGCUUUUCAUUUUCGAACAUCCUUUCAAACACAUAAAAGGAUUCAUACAGGAGAAAAGCCCUAUGAAUGUAAAGAAUGUGGGAAAUCCUUUAUGUGGCUUACAACCUUUCAAAGACACAUGAUAACGCACACUGGAGAUACUCCUUAUAAAUGUAAGGAAUGUGGGAAACCCUUUAAGUGGCUCACAACCUUUCGGAGACACGUGAUAACACACACUGGAGAUGCUCCUUAUAAAUGUAAGGAAUGUGGGAAAGUCUUUACUUUUUUAAGUGCACUACAAAUACAUGAAAAAACCCACAUGGGAGAGAAACCCUAUCAAUGUAAACAAUGUGGAAAAGCCUUUAGAUAUCGUCGAACUUUUCAAACACAUGAAAGGACUCACACAGGAGAGAAACCCUAUGAAUGUAAGCAAUGUGGUAAAGCUUUUAUUUCCCGUGUAGGAUUACAAAACCAUGAAAGAAAUCACAAUGGAAAGAAAUUCUAUGAAUGUAAAAGAUGUAGUAAAGCAUUCAGUUAUUCCAGUUCUCUUCGAAAACAUGAAAGAAAUCAUACUGGAGAGAAACCCUAUGAAUGUAAGGAUUGUGGAAAAGGUUUUAUUUUUCUCUCAAGCCUUCGGGCACACAUGAUAAGUCACUCUGGAGAUGGACCUUAUAAAUGUAAGGAAUGUAAGAAAGCAUUCAUUACUCCCAGUUCAUUUCAAAUACAUGUAAGGACUCACACAGGAGAGAAGCCUUAUAAAUGUAAACAAUGUGGGAAAACUUUCAAUUGGCCCACUUCCAUUCGCAGACAUGAAAAAAGUCAUAGUGGAGAGAAACCCUAUAAGUGUAGGAAAUGUGGUAAAGCCUUCAGUUGUCCCAGAUCCUUCCAAAGCCAUGAAAGGAGACACAGUGGAGAAAAGCCUUAUGAAUGUAAAAAAUGUGGUAAAGCCUUCAGUUGUCCAAAUUCCUGUCGAAAACAUGAAAGAAGUCAUGGUGGAGAGAAACAUGAAUGUAAAGAAUGUGAGAAAGCCUUCAGUUCUCUCAUCAAAUUUCAAAGACACGUGAUGAAGCACACUGGAGAUGGACCUUAUAAAUGUAAGGAGUGUGGGAAAGUCUUUGAUUGUCCCAAUUACUUUCAAAGUCAUGAAAGGAUUCACAGUGUAGAAAAGCCCUAUGAAUGUAAGGGAUGUUGUAAAACCUUCAGUACUCCUAGGUCCCUUCGAAGACAUGAAAGAACUCAUACUGGAGAGAAACCUCAUGCAUGUAAGGAAUGUGGUAAAGCCUUCAGUUAUCCCAGUUUCCUUCAAAAACAUGAAAGAAGUCAUACUGGGGAGAAACCCUAUCAAUGUAAACAAUGUGGUAAAGCCGUCAGUUAUCUCAGUUCCCUUCGAAGUCAUGAAAGGACUCAUAGUGGAGAGAAACCCUAUGAAUGUAAGGAAUGUGGGAAAGCGUUCAUUUUUCUCUCAAAAUUUCAUUUACACAUGAUAAAGCACACUGGAGUUGGACCUUAUACAUGUAAGAAAUGUGGGAAAGCCUUCGAUUGUCCCAGUUCAUUACAAAACCAUGAAAGAACUCACACUGGAGAGAAACCGUAUGAAUGUAAGAAUUGUAGUAAAGCCUUCAGUCAUCUCCGUUCUUUACGAAACCAUGAAAGAACUCAUAUUGGAGAGUAGCGCUUGGGAAAGCCUUCAGUUCUGUCACUAAAAUUCCAAGACAUGUGGUGAAGCACACUGGAGCUGGACCUAAUAGUGUAAGGAAUGUGGGAAGGCCUUCGAUUUUUUUCAGUUCAUUAUGAAAUCAUGAAAGAACUCACACUGGAGCGAAACCACACGAAUGUGAAAAUUAUAGGAAAGCCUUCGAUUGUCCCAGUUCUGUUCAAAACCAUGAAAAUCCUCAUAAUGGAAAGUAGGCCUAUGAAUGUCAGGAAUGUAGGAGAACCUUCAGUAGUCCCAGUUCAUUCUGAAUACAAAAAAAGAAUUCACACUGGAGAGAAACCCUGUGAAUGCAAACUGUAUGGUAAAGCCCUCAACAAUUCCUAUUAUGUUCAAAUAUGUGAAAGAACUCUUACCAGAAACUGAACGUAAGGAAUAUUGGAAAGCCUUUAUCACACAACAUUUUAAGGACACAAGACAGUGCACACCAUGUAAGCAUGAGGAAUUGGGGAAGUUUUCAGUCCCAUUUUCUUGGGAGAGAACUCACUCUAGAGAGAAUUCUGUUAAAUAUAAACAAUAUAUGAAAACCUUCAUUUGCCCUACAUCCUUACAAAACCAUGUGAGAAUGUACACUGGAUAGAUACCAAGUAACUGAAAAGUAAAACAGACUAUUCAGUUGAAACAAAUAUUUUUGUAGUCAUGUGAAAACUGAACUGGAAAAAACUCAUGUUAAUGUAAGUAAUAUGGGUAAGCCUGGUACAAAUUAAUUCAUGUAGAAUACUCAAAGUUACAGUAUGGAAGAAGUGUUAUAAACUUUAAACAUAUACUGUCCUUAUCAGUGGCACAUUCUUAAAGUUAUUAUCUGUAGUAUGGAGUAGUACUUACUUUUGCAAGUAAAUAUUGAGGUAAGAUAAUUCUGUAGGUACUCUUUAGGCAAUUGUUCCUAAGUUUAAUAGGUAAUUUUAUCUACUCAGUAAAAUUUUUGUUUUUAUUUUGAAGACUCUUUGAUCCAUGGGUGAAUUGAAGUGCAUUUCUAAUAUGUAAGUGGGGUUAAUUUUUAUAUAAUACUCUUCUGCAAAUAAGAGAACACUGAAAAAUGACACUUUGGUACUUGUUUGUUUAUUGUACUGGCCUCCUGCGGCAAGUACUCAACAUCCCUUAUACAUUAUAUACAUAUUCCACCUUUACUUCUUAAGAGAAAACUAACUUUUCAUUGGCCUGAAGAGCUUUAUUCCAUUUCUUUGCUAACAAUGAGUUGGCAUAUAUUUGUAAGUAUGCAAAGUUCAUCAUAUACUCUCAUGUGAAUUAUUGUUUUCAUCUUUUGUCCUUUGUUAUUCCUUCUGGCUGGGAUUUGGGCUAUGGAAUUUGCAUUAAGAGAGACCUGUGAGGGCUUCCCUGGUGGCGCAGUGGUUGAGGGUCCACCUGCCGAUGCAGGGGACACAGGUUCGUGCCCCUGUCCAGGAGGGUCCCACAUGCCACGGAGCGGCUGGGCCCAUGAGCAAUGGCCACUGGGCCUGCACGUUCGGGGCCUGUUCUCCGUGACGGGAGAGGCCAUGGCAGUGAGAGGCCCAUGUACUGAAAAAAAAAAAAAAGAGAGAGACCUGUGAAAGGACAAUAAAAUUUAGAGUUGGAGAUGACCCUUUUGACUCUGUUACGUCAAUGUGAGUAAUGUUGUGAAUUACAUUUUCUAGACUCUGUUGCUUUUAUGGCCCCAUGUUAGAAUUCACCAAAGCCUAAUUUACAGGUAACUUGAAAUGCAGAUGUGAAAUAGGAUUAGGUAGAUUUUGGAGCCACUUGUAUGGAAAGAGACACACAAGAAGCAUAGGGCCUUUGCAGACACUUGCUUCCAGCUCAUUUUCCUCAUUUUUUGCUCUGCCAGUCAGGAAUAUUCUCAAAACUGAAGAGAGUCCAAGACAGUGGAGUAGGAAGACACUGAGCUCACCUCCUCCCAUGGGCACAUCAAAAUUACAACUGUUUACCAAGCAACUAUUGAUGAGAAAGACCUGAACACUAGCAGAAAAGGUCUUCUACAAGUAAAGAUAGGAGGAAGGACCCACAAUGAAACCAGUAGGAAGUGUGGAGAAAUGUUACAGUCAAGACCCAUUACCCACAAACAGGAGGAUAAUUACAAUUGCAGAAGUUGUCCCAAGGAGCAAGGGUGUCCAAACCCCACAUCUUGCUCCCCAGCCUAAGGGCCCUGCACUGGAAAGACAAGCCCCCAGAACAUUUGGCUUUGAAGACCAGCAGGGCUUACUUUCAGGAUAGUCAGAGGGCUGUAGGAAAUAGAGACUCCACUCUUCAGGGAUGCACAUAACAUCUCAUGUGCUCCAAAAUCCAGGGCAAAAGCAGUAAUUUGAAAGGAGCCUAGGUUUGACCCACCUGCUGAUCUUGGAGAGACUCCUAGAAAAUCAGGAGGCAACUGGUGUUUACUCUUGGGACAUAGACACUGUGACAGCCCUUUUGGGGCUGUCCACAAGGAUACUGGUUCUGACAAGUGUGGUUUUGGAAUUGUCCUUCUAGCUUAUUAGCACAAGAGACCUGCGCUACCCACCAGCCUGUUGGCACCAGUAUUGGGAUACCUCAGGCCAAGCAGCUAGCCAGGUGGGGAUGCAGCUGGCCCACCCACCAUAUGGCCAGCUGCCUUAAGAUACAUUGAGACCCCAGUUGCCCUGGCACUGGCUCUGGGACCCCUGAGGCCCCACAGCCAGCUGUUGGGGCCCAACCCAAUAUACCAGUGGGCCUACACCAGGAUCCAGCCCCAUUCACCAGUGGGCCAGUACCAGCUUUGGGACACCCCAGACCUUGUAGCCGUCUGUGACAGAAAUAAGCCCUGCUCACCAGUGGGCUGACACCAACUCUGAGACCCCCAGCUUACUGUAGCCAAAGACCUCAGGAUCUGGCUCCACCCACCAGUGAGCUGGCAUUAACCCCAGGACCCCCUGGGCCUCAGCCCCACCUACCAACUCUAAGACACCUUGGACCCUUCAGCCAGCCACCCUGGGAUUUGGCCCCAGUCACCACCAGGCUGACAGUAGAUUUGGGGGUCCCGAGCCCAUGACCUCCCACCCUGGAAACUAGCUCCACCCACCAGUGGGCCAGCACUGGCCCUCAGACCCCCUGGGGCUCUAUAGCCAGCCACCUCAUGUCCUGACCCUACCUACCAACAGUCAGCAACCUCCCCACAAGGCAGGACCUGGCAACCAAGUGGACCAAGGGGCAGCCACACCUAGUCAGCCCACUGCACGAGAAGGACCCAUGUAGGGGGCACACCUAGAGCAUAUACCUCUGGUGUCCAGAGGAGAGAGCACUGCUGGCACACAUAGGACGUCUCCUACAAAAGGCCACUUCUGAAACGUCUGGAAACAAGCAAUGUGCCAAAUACAUAGAAAUUUAAAAAGCAAAUUAGGCAAAGUGAGGUGACAGGAAUAUGUUCCAAACAAGGAACAAGAUAAAACCCCAGAAGUAGAACUAAGGAAGCAGAAAUAAGCAAUCUGCUUGUUCAAGGUAAUGAUCAUAAAGAUGCUCAAAGAACUUGGGAGAAGAAUGGGUGAACAGAGUGAGAAAUUCGUCAUUUUUAACAAAAAUUUAAAAAAUACAAAGAACCAAACAGUUGAAGAAUACAAUAAGUGAUACUUUUAAAUACACUAGAAAGAAUCAGUAGUAGAUUAGAUGAUACAGAGGAAUGAAUCAGCAACUGGAAGACAGAGUAGUGGAAAUCACUCAAUCUGAACAGAAAAUAAGGAAAAAGAAUUUUUUUUAAAUGACAGUUUGAGACUUCUGAGACAAGAAGAAGCAUACUAACAUUCUCAUUAUAGGAGUCCCAGAAAGAAAGGAGAGAAAAUGGGCAGAAGACAUAUUUGAAGACAUAAUAGCCAAGAACUUCCGUAACCUGGUAAGGAAACAGACAUCCAGGUUCAGGAAUUACAGUCCCAAAAGGACCAAUCUAAUAUAUGUGUAUAUAUAUAUAUUGUUGUAUAUAUUUAUAUUAUAAUAUAUCAUGGAAUAUUACUCAACCAUAAAAGAGAAUGAAAUUUUGCCAUUUGCAACAUUGUGCAUGGGCCUAGAAGGUAUUAUCCUAAGUGAAAUAAGUCUGACAGAGAAAGACAAAUACUGUAUAAUUUCACUUAGUUUUGGAAUCUAAAAAACAAAACAAAUGAACAAACAUAGCGAAACAGAGUUACAGAUACUGUGUCAAACAGGUAGUUGGCAAAGGGAGAAGAGGUAGGGGAGGAAAGAAAUAGGUGAGGGAGACUAAGAGGUGCAAACUUAGAGUUGCAAAAUGAGUCACAGGUAUGAAGUGUAAGGUGUGGGAAAUAUAGUCAAUAAUUAUAUCUUUGUAUGGUGAGAGAUUGUAACUAAACUUAUAUUAGUGAUCAUAUUGAAAUGUAUAGGAAUAUCGAAACACCAUGUUGUGUAACAGGAACUAACAGUGUUGUAGGUCAUUUAUAUUUCAAAAACAAACUCAUAAAGAGAUCAGAUUUCUGAUUACCAGAGGCAAGGUGUGGGGGGAAGGGGAAAUUGAAGGAAGACAGUCAAAAGGUACACACUUUCUGUUAUAAAAUAAUUAGUACUAGGGAUGUAACGUACAACAUGAGAAAGUUGUUAAAGAGAGUAAAUCCUAAGAGUUCUCAUCAAAAGGAAAAUAAUUUUUUCUAUUUCUUUAAAAUUUUGUAUCUAUAUGAAGUGAAGGAUGUUCACUAACCUUAUUGUGAUAAUCCUUUCACGAUGUAUAUAAGUUAAAUCAUACUGUACACUUUAAAUUUAUACACUGCUGUAUGUCAAUUAUUUCUCAAUAAAACUGGAAAAAAAGAGAAUAUCCUCAAAACCA